AAGCAGUUUAUUCACUCAGGAGAAUAGUUGCAUAAACAACCCAGAGAAAGGACAAGCAAGCUAGCAAGGGACACUACAUUUAUCCCAAAACCUUCAGGUUUUCCCUGAAGACACAAUGAGUAGGAUUUUUGGAGCUUUACGGCGCACGUUUGGAAUAGUUCGGGAUUACGUCGGUACAGAUCAUCUGGGGAAUAAGUAUUACAUUAUCCCAGAACAGAAGACAUGGACAGGAAGACAGGUCCGAGCCAAGCGGAUAGUGGUGGCAGCCAAUCCUGCAGAAUUUGAAUACACAGAAGGCAGCAUACCGAUGGAGUGGGACGCUUGGAUCCGAGGCAGACGGAAGGAGCCCCCCUCCAUCGAGGAGCUGCUAAAGAACGAGUCAUACAGGGAGCAGAUCAAACUGAAAGCUAAGGAGGUGGAGGACAGAGAUCUGGCCCUACAGGCCAAAGAGUACAAGGAAGGUCUCGUGGCAACUCCUACAAGGACUUUGGCUAAAGGCCACGCAGCCAGCACUGGUUUCGGCAAGGAGGAGAUCAGCGAAGAACCCAUCAGCACAGCAAACACGUUCCAGCCAGGAUCCUGGAUCCCCAAUCAAAAGAAAUAGCCAGAGACAUCUAAAUGCACUGGGAUUGCUUUAAUGUGUAAUACAGUCCAAUAAAAUAAAAUAAGAAACAG